UAUGUUGAGGGACCAAGAAACAGUCCACCCUUUGGGUGAGUGUAAAUCAUGGCCAGAGAUCAGGGACAAGUUACGUUUGUGGCGUAAAGAGAAUAUCCGUUGCAGUGAUCAGAUAGUGGAGUUGGGGGAGUAUGCGCUCAAACACUACUCCACCAACUUGGGCAGGGAAAAGUGGGCUGUGUUUGAGCAGGUAUGUGUCGCAGCUCUAGACCUCUGUCCUGCUAAGAUGAAGUUGGUUAACACCUGUAUCCAGCAGCUCUCUGAACAGUUCCCCUCUUCUCUGAGGGUUUCCAUGUUGGAGGGCCUCAAGUAUGAGUAUCUCAAGAAGUGGGAUGAUGCGCUGGAGAUGUACGAAGGAAUGAUAGAAUAUGAGCCAACAUUUCCUGCUCCCUACAAACGUAAAGUGGCUAUAUUGAAGGCUCAGAACAAGAUAUCCGAGGCAGUUAACGAUCUCAACAGAUAUCUCAAUACUUUUAGUUGUGACCACGAGAGUUGGACCGAGUUAUCUGACAUCUACAUUUCAAACCAAAACUACAAACAAGCUCUGUUCUGUGUAGAAGAGCUUCUACUGCAGUAUCCUCAUAAUCAUCUAUAUCAUCAGAGAUACGCUGAUAUCCUGUUUACAAUUGGAGGUAAAGAUAACCUAGAGCUGUGUUGUAAGUACUACUGUAAAGCAGCGGAGCUCAAUCCUGGAAAUGUACGAGCCCUCUUUGGUAUCCAGCUUGCUUCCUCUACUCUUUCUAGCAUAGGUAAAUUAUCGAGUAAAGCAAAGUCAGACAACCAGUCCCUAGCAGCGUGGGCGAGUGACAUGAUAGAGGAUUAUUAUAAAUCUCAGAAAACAUCUAAAAACUUGAUUGUGGAAGUUGUGGGAGUUUUAGAUAAAUUAUCUCUAAAAUAGCGGGUCUUAGCUGUAUGAUUGUGGCUAAGAUAUGGGCGUUUCCUUGACUCAGCCAGGUAGCUGUUGACUGUUGGUUAUAAUAGCUGGUGACACUGCAAGACUGCAGCAGGAGGUACAAGCUUUUGUACCUUCUCAGCUAAAAUCAAUGGUGAUUGGUGGCAUGGGCGUACUGCUUUAUGUUUUACGGACACGUUUCGUUUGUUUCUGAGUGCUGUUCCUUAGACCUAUAAUAACAAUUGCUGUUUUCUAUUAUUCCAGUUUCAAAUCUGUGUUUCUCGCUUCGGUAAUUAAAUUCAAAAAAAUAUGUUUACGUUGGGAUUUCGACUUGUAAUUUAUAAAAGUUAUAAAUAACAAAGUCUACUAAUGAUUUAUGAAUUUUGAUUGAUUUUUGAUUU